AUGACAAGCAAAAAAGAGCCCACUAUUGAUGAGUACACGCGGCUCAAAAACGAGCUCACGCGGCUGAUUCUCAAAAAGAAAGAGGUUGACUCCAGGCUCGCUGAACUAGAGGAGUCCAUCUACGAAAAGGAAACCGACUAUUUCAAUGACAGUGCGUACGGAAACAUCGUCAAGGGUUUUGACAACUUCGCCAAGAGCUCCUCUGGCGGAAGCAACAAGCGAAGGUUGGUGAUUACAGACGAAGACCACAUUUUUAGCAUGUCUUCGGCCACGUUUGUGAAAACACUACUGAAACGACAGGGCAUGGUGUCCACGGCCACGGAUCUUGACGAUUAUGAAGAUUCUGUGGAACCGACUAAUGGGGGAGUUCUGGGGAAGGACGCCGGCGCAGGCACUCCCACGAGAAAGAAAAAAAUGUAG